UCACACCAACAAACCCCAAAACAAAUGGCCACUACUUGUCAGCUUCUCGGCCCACCGGAAAUCCAAACCCAGCCACCUCCCGGAGACACCCCUAUGGAGUCUUUGGUGUCCCAAACCCACAGCCUUGAUCUGUCCGAGAAACCAUCGGCGUGUCAGACUGAUGACGCCGGAGAACCACCGAUGGGGUUGACGGAAAACCUCUCUGCGACCUACCUGUCCUCCGGCAACCCAUGCCUGGACUUCUUCUUCCACGUGGUGCCCGACACGCCACCGGAUGAUCUGAUCGAACGGCUUCAAUUGGCUUGGAGCCACAACCCUCUGACCACUCUGAAGCUGAUCUGCAACCUGAGAGGGGUCAGAGGGACGGGAAAGUCCGACAAGGAAGGGUUCUACACGGCGGCGUUUUGGCUCCAUAACCACCACCCCAAAACCCUAGCUUCCAGCGUUAGGGCUUUUGUCGAAUUCGGGUAUUUCAAGGACCUUCUGGAGAUCCUCUAUCGAAUUCUCGAAGGCCCCGAGGUGAGAAAGAUCGAGAAGGACGAGAGGUGGAGAAAAACGAAAACGAAAUCGAAAUCUGGAGGGAUGUUCAAGCGAGAGAAUCGACCCAAGAAGGGAAAUGAAGAGAAGAGGGAAAGGAUUUUGAGGAGUUUGGAAGAGAUGAAUGCAGAGAGAUCGAAAGAGAAAGAGACUGCUAGGGUUUUGAGGAAGGAGAGAGAAGCUGCGAAGGCCAAAAAAGCCCUAGACAAGUACAAUCAAGACCCCAAUUACCGAUUCUUGCACGAUCGGAUUUCGGAUCUGUUUGUCGAUCUUUUGAAAUCCGAUAUCGAGAAUUUGAACUCCGGCAAGCUGAACCAGAUCAGUUUGGCGGCGAAAUGGUGUCCGACGGUCGAUUCGUCGUACGACAAGUCCACUCUGAUCUGCGAAGGCAUUGCGAGGAAGCUUUUUCCGAGAGAAUCUGACCCACAAUAUCAGGGAAUUGAGGAGGCACACUAUGUGUAUAGGGUCAGAGAUAGGAUGAGAAAACAAGUGCUUGUGCCUUUGCACAAGGCCUUGGAAUUGCCUGAGGUGUUCAUGAGUGCGAAGCAAUGGGGCUCCCUUCAGUACAAUCGGGUGGCCUCGGUGGCGAUGAAAACCUACAAAGAGCUGUUCUUGAAGCACGACGAAGACCGGUUCAAGGAAUACCUUGAAAAUGUGAAGAGUGGGAAGGCGAAGAUUGCUGCCGGAGCAUUGCUCCCCCACGAGAUCAUAGUCUCGUUGGGGGACAAAGACGGUGGCGAAGUGGCGGAGCUUCAGUGGAAGAGAAUGGUGGAAGACAUGUCGAAGAAGGGGAAGCUGACGAAUUGCAUAGCGAUAUGUGAUGUGUCCGGAAGCAUGUCCGGAGUUCCAAUGGAGGUGUCCGUGGCGCUUGGUGUGUUGGUUUCGGAGCUAAGUGAAGAGCCAUGGAAGGGCAAAUUGAUCACAUUCAGUGCCGACCCGGAAAUUCAGAGUGUUGAGGGAAAUACCCUUUUGGCCAAGACCGAGUUUGUGAGAAAAAUGGAGUGGGGUAUGAACACAGACUUUCAGAAAGUGUUUGAUAGGAUAUUGGAAGUUGCAGUUGAAGGAAAGCUGAAUGAAGAUCAGAUGAUUAAAAGGGUGUUUGUUUUCAGUGAUAUGGAAUUUGACCAAGCGUCAGGUGUGAGGAGUUAUGAAUGUGAUUCAGAGUGUGGUGAUGAUGAUGGACCUAAUGAGAAUGGCUGGGAGACAGAUUACCAAGUCAUACAGAGGAAAUUCGGAGAGAGAGGAUAUAGUAAGGUGCCGGAAAUCGUGUUUUGGAACCUUAGGAAUUCGUCUUCCACACCGGUGGUGGCGAGGCAGAGCGGGGUGGCUCUGGUGAGCGGUUUUUCGAAGAAUCUGCUGACUAUGUUCUUGGAGGGUGGUGGGGUUGUGAACCCUGAGGAUGUCAUGGAACUAGCCAUCUCUGGUGAGGAGUACAAGAAACUUGUUGUAGUUGACUGAAUAUACUACUAUUUUGUGUCGAUGGGUUUUGUGCAAUUUUGCUUUUGAGAACUCUAAAUGAUGAAUAUUGUCCUUAAGUUUGAUGCAAUAUGCUUUUGAACUCUAAAUGAUAGUAUUGUCCUUAGUUUUGUGCAA